CAUACAUUCACUCCCGCCCCCCUACGUUCACCAUGGACGACGUCAACGACAACAACGACGCAGGCCCCUCCUCCCCACAAUACCCACCCCUCACGUCCGCCUCCCUCUUCCCUCCACCCCCGGCCACGCACAUACACUACACGCCAGUCAACCUCUGGCUUCACGGCGUGCUCAACGAGCAUUGGGAGGAGGAGGCUCUUCAAGACGAAGAACAGGAGGGGGAUGAUGACACCUCUGCUACCUCCAAGUCGAGCUCCACAUCCCCGCGCAUGAAGCUACAACGACGUCUCCUCCUCCUUCACGCCCUCGACGCGCUCAGUGACCCUUCAACGCCGUCGCACAUCACCUCGCAGUACACCCCUUCCUCGCUACGCAGCUACAUCCUCUCUCUCCCCCUCGACCUCAAACUGGAACUCGACCCUCCCGACCUCAACGUCAUCACAGGAAUAGCGCAGGGCUAUCACCUCUACGGGCAAUGGUGGCCUGUCCCUGCUCGCCUUCCCGGGUUGGAGGAGGCGGGCGUACAACGACUCUACGCCGACGACGAUGCAGAGCCGGGGGCGGAUCGCGAUUCGGAGGGAAGAGUCGAUAGGAGACCAACGCUCCUAAUGCUGUUGCGCAGCUUCCUGGUCACGUACCUGAAGCUGUUGAGCUUAUUGCAGUACCCGCCUAGCUUCUAUUCGUUGCGCACUUUUGCGUCCAAGGAGCUCGGUGGGCGAGGAGAGGAGGAGGAGGAAGGGCAUGCAGGCCCGAAUGGCAACGAUACCAAUGGCGAGGUGCCGGAGGGCGUGCCCGGCGAAGAGGAAUGGCACACCACGAGCUCGGCACAGUGGGCUCACUUGCGUACCCUCGUCUUGAAUUUCCAGGAAGUGCUCAAUCGCUCUCGACCUAGUCAGGCUGCGCGUAAUUUGGAGAGGGUCAUGGAGGGGCAAGUGAGGGAGAGGAGGGAGGAGACGCGGAGGGUGAGGGAGAAGUGCGAGGAGGUGAGGAGGAUGAUCACGAGGUGGGAGGGGCAGGGGCAUGUUUGCAUGACGGGAAAGGGAGAGGCAGAGAAUGGUACGGGGAUGGGGAUGGAGCUUGACACAGAGGAGAGAUGAGGGAUGAACUGGCAUGGCAUGGCAUGGCAUGGCAUGGCAUGCGCUGCAUUGCA